AUGUGGCUGAUUAGCGGAUACGAGAUCCUCCAGCUGGCGGCUCCGCUGCCGUCCCAUGAGAUCCUGAAGAAGCAGGGCAAGUUGUGCUCUUGGAGGCCAGGACAUUCCAGAAGAGUAGUCUUGAUCUCGCAUCAGUGGGCAGGGCUCCGCCAUCCAGAUCCUGCCUUCAAGCAAUUCACAGUGCUUCAGCAGGCGCUGCGGAACCUUGCCGCUGGCAAGGUCAAGAUGCAGAUGGACACGAUCUCCGCCAUAAAUGGGAUUGAGCUUGAGAUGCUCAGCCCGGAAGAGCAGGUGAAUUGCUCUGAGUGGGACUUCUGGUACGAUUAUUUUGCCUGCCCGCAGAUAACGGGGACCUCACAUCAUCCUUGCGAGUAUUCACCGGAGGUGACUCGAUUGGUGCAGUCUAUACCUGCAUACUGCACCAUUGCAAGCUUCAUGCUGGUCCUCGCACCCUCUAUACAACACUCUGACACUGGGGAAGUCAUCAGUCAACGUACUUGGCAUAAGCGAGGUUGGUGCAGACUGGAGCGCGCAGCUACAGCGUUCUCAGGGAACAGCAAGAGCAUCUUGAUUGUGUCCAGUGAGACGAGACUCCUAGUAACUGCCAGCCCAGACUGGGUCAAAGGAUGUCCGGCUGAAGGUGACUUCACCCAAGAGACUGAUCGGGAGCUGGUUCGAGCUGUAACUUGUCGCCUCAUGGAGAUUCGAUGCGCAAAUUUCCAGAGGCGCGGGGAGCAGGAAAAGUGGCGAUUCUACAGAGCACUGAUGCCGAAGGCGCAGGGGACGCAGGGCUGUCAAUUCGGCGAAGAGGUAGGCGAGUUUCUGCAUCGCUAUGAGCUCCAGACACCAGCAUGCUGCUUCAAGCCUGUCCUCACGCCACUGAUCCUCGCGGCCCUUGAGGGCAACUUGGAUGUCUUGCGCGGACUGCUAGACAGGAGUGCCAACGUCAACCAAGUGGUGCGCUGGCAACUUCCAGAGAUGCACAUUGAUGGCUACCACACGGCGUUGUCCUUGGCGGCAAUGCUGUCAACGAAAGAAGUUGUUAAAACACUUCUCGACUGGCAAGCGUCGCUGGAUAUCGUGAAAAAUAUGAACAAUCCUUCCGUGCUGUCAAUCGCGGGCUACUUUGGGAACGACAGAGUAAUGAAACUGCUCCUAGACCGUGGGGCCAGCAUCCGCACCUGUGAUGAGGAAGGCAGCGGCCCCUUACAUGUGGGCGCAUUCUCCCCUAACCCUCGGGUCACUCAACUCUUGCUGGAAAACGGUGCCGACCCCAAUUCGUGA